CCGCUUCCGAACUGCGCGCGCAGCCCCAAGCUUCAAAAACCGCUGUAAGCGCAGCCCAUAGCAACCAUGAGCAUCAUGUCCUGCAUCAGCGGUCUGGAAUCCAUGACCCUCAGCGGCGCGUCGCAGAUGGAGGGUAGGGUCACAUCUCUGGACGACGGCUACUGCAUCACCGAACGCUACGCGGCCGCCGGUGCGAUCCAGCAGGUCGGCGGGCUCGACGGGCUACGCGUGACGAUGAACUUUUUAUUCAUGAACCUGGACAUAUAUCUACCUCCCGUCCCGCUCGACCUCCUCGAGAUAAUGACGCGCGGCCUCGUGGAGAUGGUGUGCGACGGCCGCCUCGACGAGGGCAAGGCCGCUGAUCUCGCGGUCGGCCGCGCCGCGAUUCUGCUGAAUCAUGGCGUCUAUCUCCCGCUGACGCCCGCCGCCGCGGACUGCCUCUACGCGCUGAUCCACGAGCAGGAGAAGUGCGUCUACUACGGCGAAUGAACCCCCCACCCUGUGUCAAGA